CUUUGUGUAUCGCAAUGUUUACACAUUUGCUAACAUAGUCGUCUAGCUCGAGACUUGUCGACUCAAUGUAGGUAACAUAUACAAACUUAUAGGUGCAAAUACAUGUAUUUUUAAAGUUUUGGCUGCCUAAAGUUCAAAUUUUUCUGCAUAUACAACGUGUGUGUAUAUACAUAAUUAUUCUGUAUAUUUUUUAAUGUUUUUGUAAUUCCCUUUUCGUGCUGAGCACCAACCCACUGAGUGGCCGACUUCAACGUAUGAGUAUUUGCUGAAUGUACACUCACUAUCUUAAAUGUUGUUGCGUUGGUUUAUCUCCAAUUCCCAGUGGCGAGUCGCAUUACUUCGAGACGUUCGUUCAGUGUUGAACGGUGAUCUUACGGAGUCAGAUCGUUUGAACGGUUACUCGAAUGUAAAGUACGGUAUUUUUUUAAAAAAGUGAAAAAAACAUAGUGUUUCGGUUGUGUGUGUGUAUUAAAACAUGCAUAUGGUACAUAUGCAGUAGUGUGUGUAAGGUGCCUACAUAAAUACAUAUAGACAAACUUCAUAAAUACUUGUAAGUGCAUAUACAAAUUGUGUGUGUACAAGAGGAGUUGGGCUUUUAUCAACAACUGGACUCGGUCAACGAUUUUGCACUGGAACUUUAAGCACUGUCGAAAAUUCACACCACUUCACACCAUAACAAGUGGAGUUACAACAAUGCAUUUGCCCACACGCAAUGCAGGAAGCACUAUUUCGUAAUCAUCUAGCAAGAAGAGGUCACCGCGAUAUUUUUCUCCACACACGCGCACGAGGAGAGGAAGUUAAAUACACACACAGUCGAAGCUAUUCUAAGAUUACCAACAGCUCGUAAUCGCACGGAAUAAGUUCAAGCAAAGAGCACAAGUGCCACAGCUUUUCAAGUAGAGGCGGCAUAACAAGACGAAGAAGAAGAAGGAGUAGAGGAAGAAGGCAGCAACAAUAACACAGCACAUUAAAAACUAGAGCUUGCGUACUGAUUUUAAAUCGCCUGGUUACAACCGGAAAUUGCAGAAACUACUGGCACACACAUACAUUUACACAUUCACUUUACACACAUACACACACACACACAUGCGCGCAGUCAAAACAACACACAAAUCUUAAAAGUAAAGAAAUCUAAAAGCAAUUAUUAAGCGAAACUAUACAUAAAGGCGCACCACGCUUCGUGUCGCGUCGUGUCGUCGGUAUAGACUGCUCCCUUUCCACAAACGAACGCCAUACUAAUACACAAACCGAGUAACGGGCCACUUAAUCACCGCCAGAAUUUCUCAUCAAUAAUGUCGAAGUCACAACGCGGCAGCACAUAUGGCUGCCGCCUCAACUAUAACAACAACAAUAACAACAACAACACCAGCAUCAGAACGCUUAUCGCCGUCUGCCUGUUCGUAUUGCUGAGCAGUUGUGCAGUAUCAACAACACAGGCACAGCGGCUGACUGGGCGUCGCGAUCGUCCCCUAAAUCCGCCUAGAGAAUACAAAAAGACACAUCCAUGUGAACGUUCCUCAUGCUACCCGGCGACGGGUAAUCUAUUGAUAGGACGUGAAAAUCGUCUAACCGCCUCGUCCACUUGUGGCAUACAUACGCCAGAACGUUUCUGUAUACUCUCGCAUUUGGAGCAUAAGAAGUGUUUCUUGUGCGAUACACGCGAGGAUACGCGCAAUGAUCCCUAUAAGAAUCAUCGUAUCGGACAAAUCAUCUACAAAACGAAACCGGGCACGAACCUACCCACCUGGUGGCAAUCGGAGAACGGCAAAGAAAAUGUGACCAUACAAUUGGAUUUGGAAGCCGAGUUUCACUUUACCCACUUGAUCAUCACGUUCACCACUUUUCGGCCGGCGGCUAUGCUGAUCGAGCGCUCGUUUGAUUUUGGUCAAACUUGGCAUGUGUACCGUUACUUCGCUUACGAUUGCGAGGAGUCAUUCCCCGGUGUGCCGAUUGUAUUGCGCAACAUCACCGAUGUUAUGUGUACAUCGCGCUAUUCCCACGUGGAGCCUUCACGCAACGGUGAAGUGAUCUUCCGUGUGCUACCGCCGAAUAUCAAUGUGUCCGACCCGUAUGCUACACACGUGCAAAAUAUGUUGAAAAUGACCAAUUUACGUAUCAAUUUCACUAAACUGCAUAAACUGGGCGAUAAUCUGCUGGACAAUCGGUUGGAAAUGGAGGAGAAAUAUUACUAUGGUAUCAGCAAUAUGGUGGUACGUGGCUCAUGCUCUUGCUACGGUCACGCCUCGCAGUGUCUGCCAUUGGAAGGCACUGAGUCGAAUGAAUACGAUAUGGUGCAUGGCCGUUGUCAGUGCACACAUAAUACUAAAGGUUUGAAUUGUGAAACUUGCGAAGACUUCUUCAACGAUCUGCCAUGGAAACCGGCUUUCGGCAAACAGACCAAUGCCUGCAAGAAAUGCGAAUGUAACGAACAUGCGGUCAGCUGUCAUUUUGAUGAGAAAGUCUUCGAACAAUCGGGACGCAUAUCAGGUGGUGUGUGUGAUAAUUGCAUGCACAAUACGCAGGGUCAGCAUUGUGAGGAGUGUAUGCCGUUCUUCUAUCGUGAUCCCGAACAGGAUAUACGUAGUCCGGAAGUGUGUAGACCGUGUAAUUGCGAUUUGAAUGGUGCUUUGGAUGAGGGCAUUUGCGAUUCGGUGAACGAUCCCGAAAAUGGCAUUGAGGCGGGCGCUUGCCAUUGCAAGAGCAAUGUCAAGGGCCGUCGUUGCAAUACCUGUAAAGAUGGCUUUUGGAACUUGUUACCCGAAAAUCCUGAUGGUUGUGAGCAAUGCACAUGUAACACGCUCGGCACAAUUGAUAAUUCGGGUUGUAAUAUGUACACCGGUGAGUGCACGUGCAAGCGUUUGGUUACCGGCAAGGAUUGCAAUCAAUGUGCACCACAAACUUACGGGCUCUCAGAGUCGGAGGAUGGUUGUACGCUGUGCGCUUGCGAUGUUGGUGGCUCAUAUGACAAUUUCUGCGACGUUAUAACGGGUCAGUGUCGCUGCCGUCCACACAUGAGUGGACGCAAUUGCUCACAGCCGAAACAGAAUUAUUUUAUACCACCAUUACAUGUCGUACACGAUGUUGAGUUUGCCGAUGUGUGCAUAUCGCUUAAUAAUAAUGGUAAUUGCACUGUUGUGCCAUAUCAACCGCUGCCCGAUCGUUUGCCCGACUACACCGGUAUCGGCUUUACACGGGUACCGGAAAACUCGGAAUUUAUAAUAACUGUGGACGAUAUACCAAGCUCCAUGCCCUACGAUGUGGUGAUACGUUAUCAGACCACUUCACGUGAUGACUGGGAGAAAGCUUAUAUAACACUUGUACGUAACGACGAAGUAGAUCCGGAUGGUGUUUGCGCAUCCAGCGUACAACCCGGUUCGAGUGUGUACGAAACGCGUAUACCAUUUACUUUACCCGAGCGCGAUCGUCAAGUUGUGGCACUACGCAAUGUCUGUCUGGAAGCGAAUAAGGUGUAUAAGUUCAAAAUACAUUUCGAACGACGUCGUCAAAAUGAAGACAAUCCCUCUGCCACAAUUAUGAUUGACUCACUGACGCUGGUACCACGCAUUGAAGUAACAUCGGUAUUCACUGGCUCGAUUGCUGCCGAUCUGCGCCGUCGCGAAUAUAUACAAAUGGGCUGCAAUCAGUCGCUGUAUGACAUACGUUACACCAACAUUGUGGACCCACGUUGUCAAGACUUGGAGAAUUACGCCAGCACGGAGAUACAUGAUGGCGCGAGUAUGUGUAACUGUAACCCGACAGGCGCGCUGAGUAAGGAAUGUGACCCACAUGGUGGUUUCUGUCAGUGCAAACCGAAUGUAAUGGGUCGUCAAUGCGAUCAGUGUGCUCCCGGCACGUAUGGUUUUGGACCAGAAGGCUGUAAAGCUUGUGACUGUAAUAGUAUUGGCUCGAAAGACAACAACUGUGACCUAAUUACGGGUCAGUGUGCUUGUCACCCCAAUACCUACGGACGUGAGUGCGAUCAGUGUCAACCGGGUUAUUGGAACUUCCCCAACUGUCAGGUGUGCGAAUGUAAUGGACAUGCUCAGCAAUGUGACGCCCACACUGGUCAAUGUAUCAACUGUUUGGACUUUACAAACGGUUAUGCUUGUGACGCUUGUUUGGAAGGCUAUUACGGCAAUCCCUUGUUGGGCAGUGAGAUAGGCUGUCGCGCUUGCCGUUGCCCCGACACAGUUGCCAGCGGUAAUACACAUGCUGAAGGCUGCUCGCUUGAUACACGCAAUAAUAACAUGAUUUGUCACUGCAAAGAGGGUUAUGAUGGCGGACGUUGUGAGGUCUGUGCUGACAAUUAUUUCGGCGAUGCCGAGACACCAGGCGGCUCCUGCCAAAAAUGUGAUUGUAGCAACAAUAUCGAUCUUUAUGAUACCGGAAAUUGUGAUCGACGCAAUGGACAGUGCUUAAAAUGUCUUUAUGAUACGACUGGCGAUCAUUGUGAGCUCUGUCGCAACGGUUAUUUCGGUGAUGCGUUACAACAGAAUUGCGUACAAUGCGAUUGUGACUUUUUGGGCACGAACAAAACGAUUAUGCAUUGCGAUCGCUAUACCGGCCAAUGUCCGUGCUUGCCCAAUGUACAGGGCAUACGUUGCGAUGAAUGCGCGGUAAAUCAUUGGAAAAUCGCUUCCGGUGAAGGUUGCGAAGCUUGUGAAUGUGAUCCAAUUGGUUCCCUAUCUGAACAAUGUAACCGUUAUACCGGUCAAUGUGAGUGCCGAGAUGGCUUUGGAGGACGUGCUUGUAAUCAAUGUCAAUCGAAUUACUGGGGCAAUCCGAACGAAAAAUGUCAACCCUGCGAAUGCGAUCCCUAUGGCUCGGCAGACUUCCAAUGCGAUCGUGAGACCGGACAGUGUGUCUGUCACGAAGGUAUGGGCGGUUAUAAAUGCAAUGAAUGUGCGCGUGGUUAUCAAGGGCGUUUCCCGCAUUGCGCACCUUGCGGCGAGUGCUUCAACAAUUGGGAUUUGAUUUUACAUGGUUUGGAAGACGCUACCGCAGAGGCCAUACAGCGUGCGAAGGAGAUCAAAUUAGUUGGCGCUACCGGUGCGUAUACGGCAGAGUUCAGCACUUUGGAUAAGAAAUUGCAAAAUAUACGGGAUCUGUUACAAAACACUACUGUUAGUUUGCAGGACAUUGAUGCUUUGGAUAAGGAAGGUGCGGAACUCAAAGAAAAACUGCAAGCUUCACACAGUAAAUUAUUAGAGACCGAAGAGAACUUAGAGAAUAUACACUCAUCUUUGAGUCUAUCCACUGUUGAGCUCGAAGCGUUGCGUAAUCAAUCUGAGCUCGUGAAAAAAUUGUCAAAGGAACUCAAAGAGAACGGCAUACAGCUGCAGGAAUCUAAUAUCGAAGGUGCACUGAAUCUAACACGAAAUGCAUUCGAGCGUGUAUUGGACUUGUCCGCAUUGAAGAAUGAAGCCGAAGACUUUGCGGCCAACACAGAUCGCAACUGUAAGCGCGUCGAAACGUUGUCGAAUAAGAUAAAGGAUGAACAAGAUAUGAUCAAGGCGAACGAUGGCAUCAUUACUGACCAUCGCUACGAGCUUUUAACGCUAACCAGCAUGAUACCCGGUUUAAAUAAUGAAGUGUGCGAUAAGAGUGGCGAUCCGUGCGAUUCGCUUUGUGGCGGCGCCGGUUGCGGCUCCUGUGGCGGUCUUUCCUGUGAACAUGGCGCCCUAACGCGUACCGAAAAGGCGCUUAAAGUUGCCAAAGACACCGAACAAAAAAUUAAAGAUAAAAAGGAUGUAGCCGAUCAAACUAUACGUUCACUCUUCCAAGCUAAAGUCAACGCGUCCGAAGGUUAUCAGAAGGCAAAGAGCGCCUUCGAAGAUGCCGAGCGUUACCUCAAUCGCACCAAUGAGAACAUUAAAAAGGGUGAAGCCACGAUCGAGCAACUGAACAAUUUCAUAAACAAUAACACUGCACUGCCCACCGAGAGUCGUGACAUUGCACAGCAAACACUCAAGCUAGACUUGAAAUUGGAUCCCGAAGAGAUACAAGUAUUGGGUGGCAAAAUCAACGAUGCUGUAUCCUCACUCAAAAAUGUCGAAUCUAUUAUUUACAAUACACGUGGCGAUCUAGCGCGCGUAAACGAACUGCAAGCGAAGGCAAACACAACCAAAGAAACUGCCAACGAAAUAUUAGAUACUGCCAAUUCGGUAGUGAAGAAUCUCGACGACGCUGAUGCCUCACAACUGAAGGCCAUCGAUGCCAUAUCACAAGCCAAUGGAAAUAUCGAACUUGCAGCCAAGGAUUUGGAUCAAAUCGAUCUGGAGACUAGCGAAGCUGAAGCGCCAGCUAAUGCAACAGCACAACAGGUUGAAGAUCUGGCCAAACAGGUUAGCCGUAUACAAAAGAAUAUACUUAAAAAUGAAUUGGACGCUAAGGAAAUCAAGAAUGAAGCGAUUGCAGUGAAAGAGGGCGCCUUGAACGGACGCGAAUACUCCAAACAAUUGCAGUCGGCCACGAAUUUAGUCAAUCAAACGUUAAGCGAUCGUGCGCGCAACUCGGAGAGCGCACGUGAACGCGCCAAGAAACUGUUGCAACGUGCCUCCAAACUGACCGUUGACACUAACGAUAAACUGAGUCAACUGCAGGUGAUGCAAGACGUCUAUAUGGAGAAGAAUAAUACUUUGCAGAAGUUACAGGAUGCUUUGAAGCCGCUCAACGAUGAGCUGACUUUGUCGCUGCAGCAAAUACAGGAGCAUGCCGAUCGUUACAGGCUGUGCACCGGCUAAAGCGGCAAGCCACGUGCAUCUGCAUAAGUUAGUUGGAAUAAAAACGCAGUGUUGCAACAUUGCAUUUAUACUUAAUAACAAUAGCCUUUGAUAACUGCAAUAAUUUGCUGAUUUUUGCGCAUUAGAAAGACCAAAACUCAAAUAUAUCGAUUUUAAAGCCAGUGUUAAAAAUGUUAGCUGUGCGCCGGGGCGGCUGCGUCGCGUUUAUUAAUUUCUUUUUUUCUACCCACAUUCACUUUUUCUAUUCUCCAAUUGCAUUGUAAGCCAUAUUGAUGAACAAAAUAUUAAUUUUAGUAAAGCACAAAAUAAAAAAAAUUAAAAACGAAAACGUGUCUGUUGUAAGCAAAUGUUAUAUUUUAUAUACAUUUAUAUAUAAAAUAUAUUUUACUCUAUGUUAGUUUAUUUAAAGAAGCCAUCUCUAAGAAACAGCAAAAACAAUUAAAACAAAAACAAUUUUUAAGCAAAAAGUACUUGAAUGACAAAAUACGAAAGUCACAUUCAUUUACUUUAUACACAUAUACACACACACAUAUAUAUACAUACAAUACAUAAACAUAAAACCGAUAAGCAGAAGAACGAAUAAAUACGUCUCGAACAUAUGAAUAAAUUAUGUGCCUUAAAUAACAUGUAAAAUACAAUUAGAGAUUGAUUUCUCUACUAAAUAUUUUGUUGUAAUAACUAAGUGUAAUUUUUGUAUUAAUGUAUUGAGCCAAUAAAAAUGUUUACAAA